CUAGGAAAGUAAACUAUGGCUUUGCCAACAGCGCAGCCCGCUGAAGUGCUACGAGCUUGGCAGAAGGAUGAUUCUUACGAGAAACAACUAGCAGAAUCAUUAGCAAGACUUAUGCCAUCACACAUAGCUUCAAAGGCUGUUCCCUUAUCUUCCAUACUCUAUAAGUCUUUUACCACACUAAAGGACCUUCAAACUCUUGGUGAAGAAUACUCAGGCAUAGUUCAAGUGGACGAAACGUAUCACAAAUUACCAUCUUUUAGUGCGAGGUUAUUAAGCAUUUUACUUUCUUGUGUUGGGGAAAACUUGACCAGAAGGUUACUCCGUCAUGCUGAAAAGUCUGUAGAAAACAACAGCACGUUACGCUCCGAUGCGCAGAAUGCUUUCAUACUAAUUUUAAAAGCCAUAAACACAAUGCUACCGCAAAUUGAAAGUAUACAUCGUGCACUUAGUUAUAUUAACGGAGGACCUUUGCAGAUUGGGAAAACCAUUGCUGGGAUAGAUUACGUACAUGUAAGGCCAGCAGCCGCUGCGUACUAUGCUCAUUUACGCCUUUUAGGCAUUGUUACAUUACUACAUGCGUUUAUUUCAUGUGGUCAGAGUCUAUAUCAGGCUAAAAAACACAUGGAUCAAUUGCGGGACAUUCCUGCUGAUGUAGAUAGUAGUAAAUCGUGUGUAGCAUGUUUAGAAGAAAUGGCACAGCCAUGUGUCUUACCUUGUGGUCAUGUGUUUUGUAUGAAUUGUAGCUAUGGACCUUUGGAAAGCUGUGCAUUAUGCAGGACUCCGUUUACUAAGAACUCUGUUGUUCCAUUGAUGAAUUAUUACCCUGGUACUUUGUGAGUAGACACUGAACAGUUCGUCCAUGAACAGUUUAUCUAAAUAUCAAGAAACUAACCAAUUAAAGAGCCAGCUGGUGGUAUUUAUUCAAUUGAUGGUAAACCCUAUGAUUGUAACGGCAAAAGUAUUUUAGACCAAAGAUACUUAUUAUUAUUGUUUUAUAAAAUGUGAUGCAAUUGUUUAAUUAUAUAGUAAAGGGUAUUGUUAAACAUUGUGAAAAUUGUCUGGAGUGCC